AUGGCUGCGUCCUUCUUCUUCCUCCUUCCAACCAUUCCCUGCAAACCCCGAAAACUCACCAACUCUUACACCCCUAAGAUCACCUGCUCCUCCCUUGCAACUCACGCAAAGCAACACCUUCUCAACCUCAUCUCCGAUCAAGAACGAGGCGUAAAGACCCAGACCAACUCAACAAAGCGAGCCGCAAUCGUCAAAGCAAUCGACGCCUUAGCUUCUCUCGGAACUGACACCGUUACCACCGGGAGUUCGCUCUCCGCGACUUGGCGGCUGCUCUGGACCACGGAGAAAGAACAGCUUUUCAUUAUCGAGAAAGCCUACUUGUUUGGUACCCAAGCCGGAGACGUAUUGCAGGUAAUCGACGUCGAGAAGAAGGUCCUCAACAACGUCAUUACUUUUCCUCCUCAUGGAGUUUUCUUUGUUCGAUCCAAUAUUGAAAUCGGUGCUUCUUCUAAGCAGAGAGUGAAUUUUAGAUUCACGAGUGCGGUUUUGCGUGGAGAAAAUUGGGAGAUUCCGUUGCCCCCAUUUGGACAGGGCUGGUUUGACACUGUGUAUUUGGAUGAUGAGAUUCGUGUUGUCAAAGAUAUUAGGGGAGACUAUUUAGUUGUAGAUCGAGCUCCUUAUAAUUGGAAAGAAUGAAAAUGAUGCAGCUUUUUAUCAUCACAGCGUUCUUCACACACAUUUGGGAGUACUUGUUCUGAAACAGCUCCCAACUCUCCUUGUUAUUGAGCAAAUGAGAUUCAUGGAUGAAACCAUGUUGAUCCACAUGCAAAGCUACAUUGUUUUUCCGAGUAGUGAGUAAGAUCUUGCUAGAUGUGUCUCCUUAAGUAGGGAGUGCAUGUUUUAGAAGAUCCCAGGUUGUAGUGGUCCAUAUAUCAUCAAGGACCACCAAACAUUUCAACUCUUUCAGAAAGUCAUGAAGGUUCUUGGUUAAUUCAGCAUCAGUUAACUUUUUUAUGUGGGAGAAGUGAAACCCAAGCAUGACAAUCAAAGUGUUCCCUAACAUGAGGAUGCUGAUAGACCUUUCUUGCAAGAGUAGCCCUCCUCAAACCUCCCGUUCCUCGUAACGAAAUAACCUUUAUGUUUAUGAGAGUUCUCUUUUUCAGUCAAAAAGGCUACCAACUCUUCAAUGUCAUUGCCAAGUCCAACAACAUGGUUGUCUUCAACUUUUUCAGUCCAAGGGCUACCAACUCUUCAAUGAAGCUUCUUCAAUGUCAAUAUUCCUUAAAUUCAAAAAGUAGAAAAAUAAUUAUUAGUAUUUGGUAAUAAUUUUUGUGGGACGAUAUUUGUACUUAGGCACUUUAUUAUUUGGAACAAUAGGUAUAGUUAUAAAUUUUCAUUAUCAUUUAUAUUAAUUCAAUGUAUGCAUAAGUUUAAUCUAA